GGCAAUUUUGGACAUACGCAAUCUGGCAACACUCGAAUCCGCCAAUUUUGCAAUCGACGCUUUGACCGCGCCAUUUUCAGACCAGAAUUUUGCAAAUGCCAUCAAUCGAUUGCGACGACAUUCCAGCUGCCAAGAAGAUGAAGAUCGACAAUUGCGUCCUAAAAUUCGCCAAGCUGACCGAAAAUGCCCUUGCGCCGGUGAGGGGAUCCGCCAAGGCGGCGGGAGUGGACCUACGGAGCGCCUACGACCUGGUGGUUCCCGCCCGGGGCAAGGCCAUUGUGAAGACCGACCUGCAGGUGCAGGUUCCGGAGGGCUCCUACGGCCGCGUUGCUCCACGCUCUGGACUGGCCGUGAAGAACUUCAUCGAUGUGGGCGCCGGCGUGGUGGACGAGGAUUACCGCGGCAACCUCGGCGUCGUGCUCUUCAAUCACUCGGACGUGGACUUCGAGGUGAAGCGCGGCGAUCGCAUCGCCCAGUUCAUUUGCGAGCGCAUCUUCUAUCCGGAACUGGAGCUCGUGGACAAACUGGAGGACACCGAACGCGGCGAGGCAGGAUUCGGCUCCACCGGCGUUAAGGAUCUGCCGGCGGCCAAGGCGCAGAACGGCAACGGCGAAAAGGCUGCUGAACCGGAGGCUGCUGCUCCCGCUACCACUACCGCUCCCAUUGCCACGUAGUGGAGAAUCUAUGAUAAUGUUAGGGCACAUCGUACUUUGGGCCAACACUUUCUAGGCCCUUCAUUUCCAUAAUACAAGAGUUCCAUUAAGUAUACAAUGUAUAAGUUUGCCAAAUAAAGGCAGCCAGUUUACCAAUGAA